CAUCUUCUUCCCAUCUUCAAAAGCUGAGAUGUCAACCUUGGAGCAGCAAGCUGCUAACGUCAAACUUCUACAAUGAACAAACAAACGGUUGGAACGGCACUCCUCUUUGGUUUUUGCCUCGGCUCCUGCUUGCAGUUCCCUCUACGAAAGUACUACUAUGUUAACCAGUUAGUGACCUGGCCUAAAGCUCAGCAGUUCUGCAGGGAGCAUUACACCGACCUGGCCACGUUUGAGAGCUUGGACGACAUAAAGAGGCUGCAACCUAAUAUUUCCUAUUCCUGGGCAUGGAUCGGACUCUGGGAUGAUCCGAAUGCCUGGCAAACUGCAAUGGGCAACAAGUCCAACUCCUGGAGAUGGUCUGCAACCAGAGAAACCAGUAAAACUGGUUACCGGUUGUGGGGCACUGGUGAUCCAAACUUCAAAAAUUCAGGGGAGAUGUGCGUGUCAAUGGCUAAUGCUGGGUACUGGUAUGAUGCUAACUGUGAGAUGAAACGCGAAUUUAUUUGUUACAAAGUCACAGAGCUCAAUGUGAAACAACAUGUGUUCAUCGCAACUCCGGCAACAUGGAGUGAUGCUCAGAGUUACUGCAGAACGCAUCACACCGACUUGGCAAUGAUUGAGAACGAGGCAGAAAACUCUGCAGUCAAACAGUUAAUUCCAGUUGGAGUCGAUGUUUGGAUCGGGCUGUACCGAGUGCCGUGGAGCUGGUCUGACAAGAGUCCCAGCCUCUUCCGACGAUGGGUCUCUCCUGAACCAGACAACUACGGGGGUAUUCAGAACUGUGUCUGCGAGAAUACAGCACAUAUGUGGGGUGAUGAAAAGUGUAGUGCCACCAAAGUCUUCAUUUGUGAACAAGUGGUAAAAACGAGCACCACUGUGAAAAUGACGAUGACAAGCGACGUCGAUCUGACCGAUCCAGCCGUCAACGCCCAGGUCCUCCAGCAGCUUGGUGCCUUGCUGACGAACCAGGGAUGGACUGAUUUCAAAGUGAAAUGGAAGAUUGUCUCCAAGAAAAACAAAGAAAACUGAAUGCAGCAAAUUAAUUACAUCUGCUGAUUUACAGGCCUUGUGUUUUUACCUUUUGCUCAAUCAGAUUGCAAAUUAUUGUCAUAGAAAGUAAUGGUAUCUUAGGUUUUAAAGGGGAUCUAUUACUCAAAACUCACUUUUUGUACGUCUUUAUACUUACAUUUGGGUUUCAACUGCUUCUAAAAACAGAUGAAGUACUUCAAAAGACUGUUUUGGGGAUCAAUAAAGUCUUUUUUACUGAAUUGAA